AUGGCAGGACCUGAAGUACUCACAAAAACUACAACUGCAACCAGCCGCCCCACCAACAACAAAACCAUGGUAACCAAAUCCCCGUCAACUACGAAAACCGCACUUCGAAGGUACGUUGGGGUUAGGCAAAGGCCGUCUGGAAGAUGGGUAGCUGAGAUCAAGGACUCAUCUCAACAUGUGAGGCUAUGGCUAGGCACUUAUGACACACCUGAAGAAGCAGCAAGAGCUUAUGAUGAAGCUGCCAGAGCCCUACGUGGCGAAAACGCACGUACCAACUUUGUGUCUCCAGGGCCUGCUACGAACCCCAACUCAAGUCCAUUGGUCUCUGUUUCCAAUGGGGGCUUUAUGUUGGGGUCUGAUGGCAGACAUGGCGGCACAGGGGGGCUUAGCUUCUCUUCCUUGAAGGCCAAGUUAAGCAAGAACCUCCAAAGCAUCAUGGCUAGGAGUAGUGAUCAUAACAAGUCAUCCAAGAGUAGGGUGAGUGAUCACUUCACUUUUGCAAGUAUUUUCCACUUCAGGAAAUACCAAUACCAAAACCCAAUAAACCCUUCAAUUGAUAUGAAGAACAUCGAGAAAGUGGUGCAGCCUAGCAUCAUUGUGCCUCAUAACGGAGAAGGUAGUACUAGUACUGAGCCUUCCUCUUGGGAAAGCUCUAGUAUCUCAGACUGCAGUGCGGAGUGGGCUCACGGGUUCAGGCAAGCCGGGGUGGACUCAGAAGGGUCUGAAAUUGGGGAAGGGAACAUUAUGGACCAAAUUAUGGGGUGGAUAGAUAGCCCAGAUAAUCAGAUGGGCAGUAGGAUUAGUGUUGGUGAUGAUGAUAGUGAGGAGGGGUCAAGGAGUAAGAGGUUCAAGGUUUCUUCUUCAGUCAUGGUGCCUCCAACAUUUAGCACUGGAUCUCCAUUUAAUUUAUUAAAUGGAGAAACUUCAAACUAA